AUGCAUUGGCUGUGCAAAUGUGUUGUCGGCUUGACGGUGUUGGCCACCGCCGCCCGGUCAGCGACGCUGCCGAACGUGGCGCAGAAAUGUGUGCCACCCGGGCCGGGGCUGUCGCUGAACGACUUCCUUUCCGGCAAGUUUUACUUGUUUGAACGACAGCAGGAGUUCAGCAUCAAACUCUUGCAGACAGCCGUCACCGCUUCGCCCAAGCAGAACUUGAUAUUCUCGCCGCACAGCAUAUACACUGCACUACUCAUCACAUACUUCUUGAGCAACAACGAAACGGAAGAGACGUUAAAGCGUUUCCUCAAUCUACCGCCGGAACAGGGCAAACUGAGCGUGAUGCAAGCGUACCGCAUGGAGAAACUGUUCCACUCGAUGAGGGCGUUGAACACAAGCGGAGAUUACGAGUUCAGCUCGGUGGAUCGCCUGUUCGUUUCCCAAAGACUUCCGAUACAAAAGUGCAUUGCCGACGUGUUCAAGGACGAGGUGCACAAAAUGGAUUUCGUCGUCGAUCCUGAACUGGCUCGUAUGUACAUCAACAACUGGGUGACCAACCAGACCAACCAGCAAAUCAAGGACCUGUUGCCCGAGGGAAAAAUCACGUACGAGACGAGACUUGUGCUGGCGAACGCGGCGUAUUUCAAGGGCUUUUGGAGCUCUAGGUUUUCCUCUGAGAGCACAAAAGAUGAGGUGUUUUACACUUCACCUACCGAAAACGCGUAUGUUCCGAUGAUGUGGCAAUCCGGCGUUUUCAACCUACUGAGCUCCGACGAGUUGGGUGCGCACGUCUUGGAACUCCCGUACAAAGGCGGUGACAUCAGUCUGUUCGUGAUCCUGCCACCUUUCAACAAACAACGUGGAAUUAGUCAGCUUAGUAAGAGGCUCAAUACCAACAUUUUGCAAAACAUUGUGUCGUCAGGUGAAUGGACGUCGCGUCCCGUCGAGGUGUCUCUACCCAAGUUUAACGUCGAACAGAGCAUGGACAACCUCGUGCCGCUACUGGAGCAAAUGGGAAUCGGAAAUGUGUUCAAAGGCAAAGUCGACCUGUCGGCGCUGACCGGUAACGCAAACGACGUGACCAUCGACGACGCUGUGCACAAGGCAAAAAUCUCCGUGGACGAAGAGGGCACGAUUGCCGCUGCGGCCACGUCGUUCCUGAUGUCCCGGUCGUCCAGGCCGGUCGAGCCUUUCAAGUUCCGGUGCAACCAUCCCUUCAUCUACUUCAUGUUCGACAAGGUCACCGGAUCGGUGCUGUUCAUGGGCGUUUACAAUUCGCCAAAGUCCAACUAG